AAGGCUGCUUGCUGCAUAUCUGGUUGCGUUAUGCGGAAUAUGGGCCGAACAGUUUGCAGGGAGCACAUCUUUUUAGCUCAGUUUCAGCUUCUGAUACACACUGUUAUGUUUGCCAUAAUUGACACUGGCAUUGUCUGCUGCAUAUGCAGACAUGUUUUUGAUCUCUAAACCAGACUGCCAGCAGCUGGUUUGUUAUGGCUUCUGACGUUUCGUUGCUGUCACUAUAAAAAUCCAACAGGACAUGUUGGAUGCCUUCAUCAAAGUGAAAAUACCUUACCACAAUGGGAAAACACUUAUUUGUUCCUUUAUUUGAGGCGUCGGAUGCCAUGGAAAAGGCCACAGGCCAUCCCUUUAGCUGUGGGCGAGUCACUGAAAAUCUCCCGGUCCACUUUCUGUCACGUAUACGGCGCACUUGCUGCGCAGAGUUGCCACUUCGUGGAUGCACAACGACCAGUCAGGCAGGAUUGCAGCUUCCUGCCGUCAUCGUGCGGGGUACAUGGACCAUUGAGGAAUGACAUCGCUGAGCAGAAGCGGUGUCUCCAUCGGCCAUGUCUCCCCAGCUCCUGCAACCUGCUAGUCCAGCAAACUGCAAGCUUCCGGAGUUCUGGCAGAGCGACCCGGCAUCAUGGUUCCAGCACAGAGUCAUUUUUCAACCUGCGGGGAAUCGACGGCGACGACUCCCAGUAUCACUUGGUGGUGACGGCCCUUGACUGGGCGACUACUCGCCGCGCUAUGCAGCUUUUGCGGAACCCUCCACAGAGCGGCAAAUACGCCGCCCUCAAGAAUCUCCUGCUUUGGAGGUUUACGCUUACUGACACUGAGAGGGCAGAUAGACUUCUUUCCCUGCCGGGUUUGGGCGAUGGCACCGCCGUGGAUUUGAUGGACAGUAUGCUGUCGCUGCUGGGAUCUGAAGAGGGCGGGUUAAUUUUCCCACACCUUUUUUUGCGACGGCUUCCACCGGUGGCCCGUGCGGCGAUUACCGGGGCUUGGCUGAAGAAGCUGACCGGGUGCUUGUGGCUUCCAAGCGGUUUGCCGUGCAGAGCGUGGAAGCACCCCCGCUGCAGACGACGGAGAACGCGGACCCAGCGGUAGUGGCGGGAGUCACUACCCGGAAAAAGCAAACAACAGGCCAGUGCUUCUUCCAUCAACGUUUUGCCGCUAAAGCCCGGCGGUGUGUCACUCCAUGCUCCUUCACGGCCCAGGGGAAACUCCAACGCCGGCGUUCAGUAGCGGCUGUGGGCUCUGGCGAUGCAUGUGAGCUGCUUUUCAUCGCUGACUCGUCGUCGAGGAAACGUUUCCUGGUGGACUCCGGUUCACAAGUCAGCCUCCUACCUGCCACGGACACGGACAAGGCGACGGGUGGCCGUGGGCCACUGCUGAAUGCCGCCAACGGCUCAUCAAUCGACACUUUCGGCUCCAGGUUGGUGACUGUGUCCUUCCAUGGACAUAAUUUCCAGUGGGAUUUUAUCAUCGCCGUCAUCGCGGUCCCCAUUAUUAGCGCGGAUUUUCUGUGUGCUAAUGGACUGCUUGUUGAUGUUGCUAACUGCCGAUUGAUUGAUGCUGUGUCUUUUUCAACUUUUACAUGUAAGGCAGGGGGACUUGGAAUAUUAAGGCAUGCUAAUUAUUUGGUAUAUGGUGACGUUUUUCAGCGUUUGCUGGCGGAUUUUCCGUCGUUAACCACUCCCGCUUUUUCCACCGAGGACAGCAAACACGGCGUUGAACAUUUCAUUCCCACGGUGGGUCCACCAGUUUUUGCGCGCCCACCGCUAUGGAGGAGUUUGCUACUCUGGAGUGUUUAGGCAUCGUUAGGCGUUCUAAUAGCCCGGUUCAUGGCACCCUUGUGGGGAUUUUCGCCGCCUUAAUAACAUCACAACGCACGACCGCUACCCUAUUCCGCACAUCCAGGACUUUUCGGCGCGCCUGGCUGGUGCCGCCAUUUUUUUGAAGGUAGACCUAGUUCGGGAUUAUCACCAGGUCCCGGUGCACGCCGAGGACCUGCCCAAGACCGCAGCAAUAACCCCGUUUGGGCUUUUUGAGUUCCUGCGUAUGCCUUUUGGCCUGAAGGGGGCAGCACAAACCUUUCAAAGAUUAAUGGACUCAGUGUUGCGCGGGCUCGAUUUUGUAUUUGUUUAUCCUGACGAUAUUUUGGUGGCGAGUCCUUCAGCUGAGGAGCACCAGUCACACUUAACACAGGUGUUCAAACGUCUUGACGAGCACGACCUUAUCGUAAAUCCUUCUAAAUGUUAGUUUGGGCUGUUGGAGAUUAAUUUUUUAGGUCACCGUAUUUCGUCGUAGGGUGCGAUUCCUUUGCCUUCGAAGGUGCAGGUGGUGGCGGAUUUUCCUCGUCACUCCACUGUCAAAGCUCUACAUGAGUUUUUGGGCAUGAUCAAUUUUUAUAAUCGGUUCCUUCCGCGCGCUGCCCACCUCCUGCAGCCUCUUUAUAGUGCCCUACGUAACAAAAAGGCUAACGAUUCCCUCGAAUAAAUUCCUCAGUAGGUCCAAGCUUUUCAGAGGGCUAAAUCUGUGCUCGCAGGGGCUGCUCUUUUCGCCCACCCUGUUUCCACGGCACCCGUGGCUUUGACGACGGAUGCAUCUGAUGUCGCCUUGGAUGCUGUGGUUGAGCAGCGGGUGGCGAAUGUGUGGCAGCCCCUUGCAUUCUUCAGUCGCAAACUGCAAGUUAACGAGCGGAAGUACAGUGUAUUUGACCGAGAAUUGUUAGCACUGUAUCUCGCGACACGCCAUUUUCAUUUUCUAUUGGAGGGUCAAUCUUUCACGGCUUUUGUUAACCACAAACCCCUGACGUUUGCCAUGUCAAAGGUCACGUAGCCUUGGUUAGCCUGUCAGCAGCAUCACUUGUCGUCCAUCUCUGAGUUCACUACGGACAUUUAGCAUGUGGCCGGUAAGGCCAACCCUGUGGCUGAUUGUCUCUCACGCGUACUCGUGUGCCCCGUGCAGCUCGGUUUCAAUUUUUCGGGAAUGGCCGCUGACCAGCCCGACGACCCCGGUAUCCGCGCACUCAAAGCUGAGGGUACGGCGCUUGUGCUCAAGGAGGUGGUGGUGCAGGAUGGCGGUCCCGCCCUCUUUUGUGAUGUGUCCACUGGCCGCCAUCGGCCUGUCGUCCCGGUAGGCCGGGUUUUUGACGCAAUACACUCACUCCAUGUCGCACCCUGGCGUUCGGGUUUCCGUCAAGUUGGUUGGUGCCAAGUCUGUUUGGGCUGGCCUUAGGAAGGAUGGUAGGCGGUGGGUAGAUGCAUGCGUGGCAUGUCAGCGGGCUAAAGUCCACCGGCACACUAAGGCGGCCCUCGAACCAUUUACGAUUCCGGUCAGGUGGUUUGACCACGUGCAUGAAGACUUAAUUGCCUCCCUCCCUCUGUCGCAGGGUUAUACACACUUGCUAACGAUGGUAGAUCGUACUAUCAGAUGGCCAGAAGCGGUUCCUCUUUCCUCCACUCUCUCUGUAGACGUUGCCUGUGCGUUUCUGUCGGCAUGGGUUGCGCGUUUUGGCACGCCGUCCCAAUUCGUGUUGGAGCUUUGGUCAACGUUGGCGCAGUCAUUGGGUGUGCAGGUGCACCGUACUACAGCCUACCAUCCCCAGGCUAACGGCUUAUGUGAACGUUUUCACCGGUCGCUUAAGGCGGCUCUGCGUGCGGCGCUCGUGGAUAGCUAUUGGGUUGACCGUUUUGCUUGGGUUAUGCUCAGGUUGCGCUCGGCCCCUAAAGAGGAUCUCGCUGCGGCCCCCGCUAAAUUGGUGUUCGGUUAAUCACUCCGCGUUCCGGGUGAAUUUUUACCUGAGGUUGGUGCCCCGCGAUCGUUUCCCUUUUGGCCGAGGGAGUCCUUGGCUCCUGGCCCGGUCCACCACUGUUUCUCUAAAUUGUUUGUGCCAUCGGAGCUUAAAAAUGCCCGUUUCUUUUUUGUACGUCACGAUGCCCACCGUUCGCCCCUCCAACCCCCUUAUGAUGGCCCAUUCAGGGUUCAGGAACGCGGUCCUAAGGUUUUUGUGCUGGAUAUGGUCGGGCGCAGGGAAUGCGUUUCUUUGGACAGAAUUAAACCGGUGCAUUGUGUUGCAGGUGAUGAAGUGCUGCCUGGCCAAGUCCCCCUCCGAAAUCUGUUAGGGUUGGAUGUCCUCCGCCUCCACAGGGCCCUGAUAUUGGUAUUUCCCCACAGGGUACACCCGCUCCCCCUCGGGAUGGAGGUUUUACCCGUUGCGGCAGGCGAGUGAGGCCCCCUGUUAUGUUUUCCCCAUAAUUUGCAGUCUGGGUGUUCGGGGGCGGGGGCCUGUGUGGCGGGCACUAGGACCAUGCUCACACUCAGAGAAGGGGUGUGGUUUGCGUUUUGGGAAACCACUUGAAAAGUGCAUGUUGUGAACGUUCCUGGCUCCCUCUCUCUCUCUAUCUCAUGUUGGCAGUCUACAAUAAAGACCUG